AUGUCUAUGCCCUCCCAAAUCACCCCGCCCUCCCCUUCAGAUGCGGCGGCCAUAACAGACGCGCUCUACCGCGCAGUACUGGGCAUCGACACCAACGACCUCUCCCUCUUCAAGUCCGCCUUUGUCACCGACGGCAGCGCCAGCGCCACCAUGAUGGGCACCACGCACAGCGGCACCGACGCCAUCAUCGCUAACGUCUUUCGGAGCGUGGGCCCACUCGACACGACGCAUUUCGUCAGCAAUGUGCGCGUGAACGCGCGGGACGCCGGAGAAGGGAAGGCUAAGAUAUAUGCGUCUGCCCAGGCUUUCCAUUAUCGGCCGGGCGAAGGCGUUGAUCCGUCCAAGACGGAGAGGCUCGUUAGUGGAGGCUUGUAUGAUGUCGAUGUCAAGAGACAAUGGGAUGGUACGUGGAGAGUGCAGCAUUGGGGCAUCAGGUUUGUAUGGUUGGAGGGGAAUAUGGCCGUUAUCACUGGGUAG